AUCACGACUCCAGCAAACUCCAUUCCAAUGCCAUGAUUAGUGGUAAUGAAUGGCAUUGCGCCUGCGCAGUGAGAUGACUUUGCAUUGGUUUCCAGCUGGUAAGUGAGGUCAGUGUCUCGCGCGCACUCCUGCUUCAGUUUGACACAGAGAGCAUUUGAGGUGGGGGUAUAAACGACUAUCGUCUGCUAUAGAUACAACCAUCUAUUCAUUAGUGUGACAUCAUUACCACGCGUAGAAUUACAAGUCUCCUUCCACUGAUUUAUAUUGUGCAUACCAUUUGAUUUUAGAUUUUGAAAAAAAGAGGCGUAUGGGAAGUCUGGUUUAAUCAGCGUUACCAAGCAGUUGAAGAAUUCUCCAUGCUGGUUUUAACCCCUCCCCCGCGUAACAUUGGUGAUUUACCAGCAGAGAAGGAAAAGAGAAAUAUAGAAUCGAGAAAGGAGAUAAUGCAACCAAUGGAGAUGGAGGAGGCAACAAGGAGCCCUGGUCGAGGGGAUGAACAACGUAGUUAUUCGACUGGAGCUCGAUCGCCCACCGGGACCUCAGAUUCAAGCCCCGCCUCGAGCCCCCGGGCGACGCCACCCUCACCAGACCCGACAGCAGCAGCUAUCCAUACAUGCCAGCCUCCCAAGGAAAACCUAAAUCGUAACGCUAUGAGAGCCCGUCACCAUCCCCAGCCCAGCCCGCCAGUCAUGCGGAGAAUGGAACGUCAAGAACAAUCCCCUACACGACCUCCAAAGCUCACGUCAUUCUCUGUUUUGGACAUUUUAGACCCGAACAAAUUCACGAAAUCGCCAUCAGUAAUGGGCCGUGAUUCGGACUGUCUUUCGUCCCCGAAUGAUGAUCAAGAUGAACGAUUGUCGCCUGACUUCUCCCUGGCUCAUCAUGCAGUAUCCACCGCCUCUCCGUUCUUUUCUCAUCGGACACCGGGUCGGUUGCUAGCCGUGCGCCCCCGCUCAUCUCCCGGCGUACCACACGACAGCGACAAUUGCGGCGCAGAUUCCGACCACUCCCUUGUCGACGAUCAUAUCAAAGACUCGAUGUCGCCACCAGCUGAUCACAUCGACAUCAGUGAACAUGACGAUGAUGACUGCAGCCAUCUCGACGAUGAUCGGGACUUAAAAGACCAUGAUAUGGACGAUCGCGUGAGUGACGACGACUGCGAUGAUAAAGAUGAUGACGUUCCAGGUAAAAAGAGAAAGAGAUCAGACAGUGACAGUAACAACAAUAGUGCCAAGUCUAGCAAGCCUCGACGGGCCAGGACUGCUUUUACCUACGAACAACUAGUCGCGUUGGAAAAUAAAUUCAAAACGACGAGAUACCUCAGCGUAUGUGAACGUCUCAAUCUCGCUCUGUCUCUGAGCUUGACCGAAACCCAAGUCAAGAUCUGGUUUCAAAAUCGACGCACGAAAUGGAAGAAGCAGAAUCCUGGUAUGGAUCCUAACGCACCAACGACCACGUCUGUGACUGCGACACAACCAUCCCCACCCCUGUCCGCAGCGGGUCUCCAUGCCGCUGCCUACGGCCCAGGACUCAUGUAUGGUUCGCAUCUAACAUACCACUCGCCAUUACACGCCGCGGGAGCUGCUAUGCCCUACGUCAUGGGCUCGCCUAUGUUCACUCACAUGCAUGGUCAUCAUUACUUUUCGCACUCGGGUCAUGUAUAGCCCCGUUAAAACGUGGCGCCUCGCCCUGUAGUCCGAGUGGACUUAUCUCAAACUUUUAUGUUGCUGGUGUAAAGCUUGACACAUGCCAUUCGCUUGCCACACACUUCAUGACUGUUUUCACCUAUCACCAUAAUCACCAUGUACAUAAAAGUGGCCAUGUAUUCGAACACAGUAAGUUAGCCAUGCCAAAGCAAGACCGAAUUUUUCCUCUUGCAUUUUAUGUAACACAUUCAACGCCAACAUCUUUUAAUCAAAGCAGAAAAGACCUACCAUGUAGGCCUAUAACCUGUGGUAAUUGUAGAAUGGGGAACCGGCUGGAAAUUAUCAGUCGAUACUAUUUUUUAGUGAAUGGAUGAGUUGCAACACUCAUUCUCUCUAUACGUACAUGUCACAGUAGCACCAAUGGCAGUAAGUGAUCGAAAAAACAUUGACAAUGAAUGAUGCAAUUUGUGUAAAUAUCUUACGACAUUCGUAUAGCCUAACUAUUAAUACACAAACAUGGUAUUUCAAAGCACAAAGACAUAAAUUGUGAGAGAGACAUUAUAUCGUUGGAAAUGAAUAAGAGUGGUGAGAACAUCACUGUUGAACACAACCACUUGUCUGUCUGUAUAAAUACGAGCAGUUAUAUAUUAAUAUUUGUCAACCGCCAUUUCUCUUUGUUAAAGUUUUACGUUUACAUACUAUUAUCCAUCACGAUUUAAGCCUUUCAAACUCUGACAUCAGUUAAUGUUAUCUGUAAGUUUACAUUAUUUUCAAUGAUUUCCCCGAAUAGACUUCCUGAAGUUAUACCCAAGACAGUUUCAAGUUUCAAAAACUCUGCCCUCUUUGUCUUGGUACUGACAUACGUACUAUUGUAUCCAAAAUAUAUUGGGUGCUUUUCUCAAAUAAUGUCCCACCAAACAAUCUCUUUGUUUAUUUUUUCUCGUUUUUACGUUGAAUUUGGUUGUAAUUCCCAUGCUAAAAAAUAG